CAUUUUAGUUUUAAAUCAACGAAUCUUAUACUAAUUGAGACAGAGUGAGUACUUUGGUUGUGGUGGCGAUCGUUAUCGAUCAUCUUCCCUUCGCCGCUUGGGCGGUGGUCGUCGUCACUAAUUAUUAGUGAUUAAUGCAAAUUCGAGUCUCGUCGUCUUCUGCUUCUCCUACCUUCUUCACUUUUUAGCUCAACUCCAGAGGCGGGGCUCUCUCUCUCUCUCUUUCUUUGGUCGACCAUGGCGGCGGACGACGGCGACCCCACCAAAUUCGGUGCGAUCUAUGACUCAUCCUCUCCCUCGCACCCUCUUCUCUCAAAACCCUCCACGUCCGCUCUCGAUUCUCCGCGUCCAUGUGAUCCUGAAUCUGACCCGACCCAGUUUCUUCAGAUCUCCUUCAACUUUGGCCCCAGACCUUUCAAAGACAUCCCUUUCCUUCUUCUCUUCGAUCUCUUCGUCUUCUCCACUUUCGCUUUCGGUAUCUUCUCCAUCUUCCAUAGGAAUACUGAUUACGGCAGCUCCUCUUCCUUCUCCUACGAUCUCGCCUCUAGCUCUUGCGUCAAAAACUCCACCUUCAAUAGAGUUUCCAAUAGCUAUGGGGCUUCUUCGAGUGUCAUGUACGCCAUGCUUCCUUCGUCUGAUUCAGUCUUUGACAAAGAUUUGAUCUGGACCCUUGUUGUGACGCUACUUUUAAGCGCGCCCUUGUGUUUUGUCCUCCUCCUUUUGCUCAAACACUACACCAAGCAGAUAGUUUAUGCUUGUUUGCCUCUCUUUGUCGUAUUUCCCAUCUUUUUCAAUCUCUAUUGGUUCGUCGCUUGUACUCUUAGCUCUUCUUGUAGUGAUGCCCUCCCUCUGGCUUACAGAAUCCUUGUCCUAGUCUUCGUUUUCUUGAUCAUCGGGAUUAUUGUCUGGAUCAUAGUAGCUAAUUGGCACAGAAUCGAGCUCACCAUCCAAAUCAUCGGUGUUGCAUCAGAUGCCUUGUCCAAAAACUUGAAGCUUUUUCUUGUGUUGCCCUUGCUGACCCUCGGCUUAGUGGUCUACUAUGCGCCGAUUGUGGUGUUCUUGGUGUUUGCAAGGUUCAAUGGGAAGUUCGUGCCGAGGGAGCUGGACGGUGAAUACUUUUGUGAGUGGAAAGAAGAUUCUUGGGUUCCUGCCUAUUUCGCGCUUGCCAUUUUAACUAUGCUCUGGUCUCUUGCUGUAAUGGUGGAAAUGCAAGUGUAUGUGAUAAGUGGAGCUAUUGCUCAGUGGUAUUUCUCCAAGGAAGACAUAAUUCCUAAAAAAUGCAUCCGGAGUUCUUUGAGGAACGCCUUUGGCCAAUCCUUCGGUACAAUAUGUCUCUCAGGAACUCUCAUCUGCGUUGUUCGUGUUGUCCGGGCCAUUGUGGACAAUGCAAGAGAAGAGAAUCCACAAGGCAUAUUGAGCUUGGUUCUCCGUUGCUGCGCAAACGCCUUACUUGGAGCUCUUGACUAUCUCAACAAGUUUACCAUCAACUUUGCUGCAAUAACAGGCGAAGCCUAUUGCACAUCUGCCAAAAUGACUUACGAACUCUUAAGACGCAACCUUCUCUCAGCUGUUUUUGUCGAAACAGUUUCUACCCGAAUCCUAACCGGUAUUGUCUUUGUCCUCUCAGCCGCAUAUGCAGUCGCGACAUGGGCUGUUCUGAAAGGAGUGAGCAACUUGGGUGUAGAUUCGUACCUGGUGGCUAUUCUCGCGUGGCUCUUACUGAUUGUGAUCUUGGCUUUCUUUGUACAUGUUCUUGACAAUGUGAUCGACACAAUUUAUGUAUGUUACGCCAUUGAUCGAGACAAAGGAGAUGUUUGUAAGCAGGAAGUUCACGAGGUCUAUGUCCACUUGCCUAUUAGCAGAAGCACUAGAUCUUCUCUCAUCCCAAAUGCUCUUUCUUAAUGCAUAGAAGAAGAUGUCCCCAGUGUCUCUGCUUGUUGUAUCCGUUUUUGUCUUUUAUUUUUGUUCGACAUUAGUUUUUCACCAUUGUAAAUUCCUGAGUAAGUGAAUCUGGUGAACGGUCGUUUGUCUCUUGGGGUUUAUAUUGACGUUUUGUAAGGUGUCUGUUUUUUUCUCUCUAUAAAGGUAACAGAACGCCCCUUUUUUGUAA